UUCAGUUGCAAGUCUGCCACCGGCAGGAGCAGACGUGUCUGCCGACGCCCGUAACUGGGAGGCUGCCCAAGCCAGAGCCCGAGAUCAGGAGCUGCCAAAGCUGCCUCGCCCCUACUACGACGAGGAGCCGCCGGAGUGUUCUCGAGGCCGCUACGACGAGGAGCUGCCAGAGCUGCCUCGCCCCUACUACGGCCCCGAGGAGCCCCCAGACCAGGCUUGGCCCACCUUCCCCAAAACAUUACCAGACCUGCCUCCCAGCCCGGACUGGGAGGAACCGGUGGUCCUGGACGUCCCCGGAACGGAGGCCCCGGACCAGACACACCAGGGAGGAACCCUGAAAACCACUCCAUCUGUGUGGGAGCCCUGGAGAUUUCCAGCAGACUCAAGGAGCUCACCUUCCUUCCUUCCUGUCUGGUUCCAAGCCCAGCAUCCAUCAGCCAUGAUCCAGCUCCGGGUCACCCCUGAGUCAUCACUGGCCGACAUGCCGGUGAGGAUCCACGUCUCCGGCCUAGCGCCUACCCAGCUGGUGACCCUGCAGUCAUCGUUGACGGACGAGAAGGGGGUGAACUUCCAGGCCCGAGCCUUCUACCGAGCAGACGAGGCUGGGGAGGUGGACGUGGAGCAGGCAGCUGCAACGGGGGGCGACUACGUGGGCGUCUGGCCCAUGGGCCUCUUCUGGUUCCUCAAGCCAGAGAAGCUCUUCCACAGGCUGAUGAAACGGGAUGUGAUGAGCGGCCCCUUUUGCUUCCAGCUCGACCUCUUUGACUCCUGCCAUCUCUUUCCCUCACCCCAGGUGGUGCCUCUGGCCACUUGCACUGUGGAGAGGUGGUAUGUGGGCCCCGGAGUGGAGCGUGUCCCCAUCAAGGAGGGCCGGGUCCGGGGGGCCCUAUUCCUGCCUCCUGGGCCGGGUCCCUUUCCGGGAGUGAUUGACAUGUUUGGCGGGGCCGGUGGGCUCAUUGAGUUCCGAGCCAGCCUGCUCGCCAGCCGGGGCUACGCCGUGCUGGCGCUGGCGUUCUUUGGCUAUGAUGACCUACCACAGGUGCUGGUGGAGCUGGACCUGGAGUAUUUUGAGGAAGCAGCCAACCUUCUCUUGAAACACCCCAAGGUGAGCGGUCCAGGCCUCGGAGUGAUCGGGGUGUCCAAAGGGGCCGAGGUCACGCUGGCAAUGGCUGCCUUCUUAGAGCAAGUGGUGGCCGCUGUCUGGAUCAAUGGCACAGGAUUCCUGAAUGGCACGCCACUGCGUUACAAAGGGGUCCACAUCCCCCACAUCCCCUACUGCCCUGAGCGGCUGCUCAUCACAGAGAUGGGGGUCCUGGACAACUACCACAUCUUCAAGGACCCCCGGGACCCAGCCCAUGCAGCUGCUGCCAUCCCUGUGGAGAAGGCUCAAGGAGAGGUGCUCUUCGUGGUGGGAGAAGCUGACCGCAAUUUUAAUAGCAAGCUGUUUGCUGAGAUGGCCAUAGAGAGGAUGAAGAGCCAUGGGAAGAAGAACUAUACUCUGCUUUCCUAUCCCGGGGCUGGGCACCUGAUCGAGCCACCGGCGUCCCCAGUGUGCAGCAUCUCACUGAUCCGGGGGACCCCCAAACCUGUGCACUGGGGUGGUAAGCCAGAGCCCCAUGCCAAAGCUCAGGAGCAUUCCUGGCAGGAGAUCCUGAAAUUUCUCGACCGCUGUCUUGGACUCACCAGCAACCUGUAACAGCCAAGGGAGUGGGGGGCCAGCGGGACCCCCUCCUGUCAGGCUGGGGGACCUCCUGCCAUCCACCCAGCCCAAUCAACAUAAUAAAUACUGAGAACAUAGAAAGAAUCUGUGGGACGCUUCCAGGGGAGCACUGGGGGGAUGGGGCAGAGGGGGAGUGCCCACACAAGAAAGCUGCUUAAGGCACUGCCCUGGAUUUGGGAGAUCAAGUCUCAGUUCUGUUGCUGACACCGUGAGUGGGUCACUGAAUCUUUCUAGGCCUCUGUUCCCUGUCUGUAAAAUGAGGAUAAUGCUUCUGCCUUGUGUACGUAUACAGCAAGAUCAUCAAUGGAAUGAGCGGCUCUUAGUGUGUGCAUGAGCGGUGCCCAGCUCACGGAGCCUGGCUCAGAGUCUGAAGGUGCUACUGGAAUGGUAGCUGGUAAAGAGGCUAUGUAGGGGAGGGCACUGCUUUGAAGGGAGGAGGGGACACCCUGCAUUUAUAGGCAGGGGAGUCCACAGGAGAUACAAGGGAACAGGUAUCCCCCAUUAGUUUAUAACUAAGGCUAAGUUUUUUUCACAGAUAUUUUUAGUAAAAAUCACAGACCGGUCACAGGCAAUAAAGAAAAAUUCAUCGUCUUGGUCGUCUCCUGCGGCUAAACGCCAGCCCUAUGGAGCUAAGAGCAGGAGCCUGAAUGGCUUGAGUUCCUUGCUGUAGCUGAGAUGGAGCCUCAGACAAUCAAGCACUGAGGGGGGUGGGAGGGUGUCGUACUCAGUGAAUAAUGGGCUAUGUCUCGGCUGCAGGGGGCCAUAUACCCUUGUACAAAGGGGCAGCCUUUCUGAUGUGCUUCUUCAUAUCCGUAACCCAUGAGCUUUCACUGCAACCUAAAUCCAUGAGAUGCAGACUGUGCUCCAGGUUGUGCGUGAUACUGAUCGAAGAGGAUUAGGGGAAUAAUCCUUGUGUUUUAAAGGCCCCAGCCCAGGCUUUCACCAAUGAAGGGUGACGCAGACUAUUCAUGUUGUCACUUCACCCUUCGCUAAAUAGAGCCUAACAUUAUCCUCACAUCCAGUCAUGCCCCUGGGAUGGAUUAGGCUCAAAGAGUGAUGAGCUCUUCUGCUGGGGAGGAGCAAAUUAAUGAGCCUUGGGGUUGAUUAGAAAGGAGCAUUUGUUAAAGGGACAUCAUCCUGUUGAAAAAAAUCAUGCCUGA